UGCUUUGUUAACGAUAAUUAAUUUAUUUUUAAAAUAUAAGCUUAUUUCUCGAAAGUAAUCUGAUUCUAAAAUAUAUAUUGUCAAUUGAAAAAAUGACUUUGGAUGAAUCAGAUAAACAAACGUCAGAUGAUGGUGAAAACAAUCAUCAAGAAAAUAUCGAUAAUGAAAAUGUAUCAAAACCAAAUUCAACCAAACAACCGGAAGAAUCUAUGCAAUGGACAAGUUCAAUCCGAAAUUCAGCUGAUGACCUUAAUAAUAAUAAUAAAGCAGCUAUAAAAAGAACUUUCGAUCAGAUUUCUGAAGGUUCUUCAACAUCUACAAAAUCAUCGCAAAGUACUACAUUGAAUGAAGAGAAUAAUAAAAUAUUAGAUGUUUGUAAUGUGACCGGUGAAGAAACGAAAGAUCAAACAAUAAAUGAUGAAACGUCUAUUGUUCGAGAUGAAAAUUCUGUCGAUAAUGAACCAGAAACAAAAGAACCCGUAACUUUCAAAGUGGUCUAUGCAAAAGAAAUCUUUGAGCUUACCAGAGAUAAAAAUGAAACUAUUUUAAUAUUGAAAAAUCAUUUGCAAAAACUUACCUCAGUCAAUCAUAGUUCACAAAAACUUUGUUAUAAAGGAAAUUUACCCGAUUCAAAAACACUGAAAGAAUGUGGUAUAAAGGAUGGUGUUAAAGUCAUGAUGAUCGGCUCAAAAGCGACGGAUAUUUUGGCUGUAUCAUCAGUUACAAAAGAUUCAGUGGUAAAAGAAAGCAAAGAGCCUGCCCCAGCUAAAGAACCAUUGUGUCAGCAAAAGCAACAUAAAAAUAUCAUUGAUAAAGGAUUACCAGAACAUGUUAUGUCAGGUUGGGUUGGCGAAGAUUGUCCGUUACCACUGGAACCAUUGACAGGAAUGUUGAAUAAAUUUGGCAAUAAAGUUCGUAUGACAUUCAAAUUGGAACAGGAUGAGGUUUGGAUAUCAACAAAAGAACGAACACAAAAGAUUCAGAUGACUCAAAUCAAAUCUGUGAUCAGUGAACCGAUUGUAAAUUAUCAACAAUAUCAUAUCAUGGCAUUACAGGUCGGUACAACAGAAGGUUCGAAAAUUUGGCUUUAUUGGGUACCUGCUCAAUAUGUUCGAGCCAUAAAAACUGUUAUAUUAAAUAGCUAAAUACAAGAAAAAAAGCAAUUAAUCACAUCAUCCUGGCCAUCCUCAAUAAGCUUGAUAACAACCGAAAU